AUGACAGCGACAACCAGCCAGCAGGCGGUCGUGGGCGCGGGCGACGGCACACCAACCACAGAGCAAGCAAGGGCGGCCUCGCCAACAGCGCGGUCCUCAACAUCCACGCCUGUGACCGGCCGAGUGCGAGGCCUUUCCGAUUCCUUCGAGCAGUCCCGCCUCCCUGAAGGCUUCUCCGCCGCCACUGGCAAUAUUGCGUCAACCAUCUUUGCGAGUCAACCUGCCAAGGUGUUCCCCACGCCUGCUGUCAGUGAAGCCAAAGUCAGCGACUCCUCCACCAUACAGGAGGAAUCAUGCGAGGUCACACCAUCGCGGGCCGAUACUGAGCGCAACCUCACCAACGUCGCCAAAUUCUCAGAAGAGCCAGCCGCCGCGGCGCCGUACCGCAAUGGCUAUCACUUUCCUCCGCCUCACAGCGCCUGGCAGUCUACCAAGUUGGGGCUGGUUGCGUUCUGGAAGUACUUUACAACCCCCUUGGGCUUUGUCGUGACGAUAUACGGACUCAACAUUGUGGCAUGGGGCGGCAUGCUGUUCUUGCUCCUAUGCAAUGCCGCCCCCGCCAUGUGCUAUCCCACCUGUAACGACAUCAACUCGCCCAGGAGGAAGUGGAUAGAAUGGGACUCCCAGAUCCUGAACGCCCUGUUCUGUGUGACAGGCUUUGGUCUCGCGCCUUGGCGCUUUCGCGACCUCUACUACCUGUUGAAAUUUCGAAUGCGCGGAAGCCACAUUCACCUGCGCCGACUCGCGGGCAUCCAUGCCGGCUGGUUUCGACUGCAAGGAUCCGAGACGCUUGACCCGAGCAUUGGGCCCAAGACCGAGCCGACAAAUGUCGACGAACAUGUUCUGCCGUUUCCCUUGACCAAGACACCCGAUCCACCACUGACGGGGGUCCGCGCACCGCCCACCAAGCUCUGGAAGCUCGACCUCGUCAUCUGGCUCAUGGUGUGGAAUACGUUCUUCCAGAUUUGUCUCGCGACCUUCAUGUGGGCGUUGAACCGGUACGACCGCCCGAGCUGGACGACGGGACUCUUCGUCGGCCUCGCCUGCCUUGUGGCCGGCUACGGAGGGUGGAUCAUGUUUGCCGAGGGCAAGAAAGUCAAGAGCGUCGAGGGUGUCCCCGUGAGCGCAGAGGAUCUCAAGCGUCUGCACCAAGAUCGCGAACUGGGGAUAUACCACUACAAUAACAUCGCUGGCAAAGAGGAGAAGCGCAGCAAGAAGGCGGGGCGGAAUGAUAACGACGAGCACAUCAUUUAG